UCUCAACCAGGAAGGCGCUCCGUUGGUGGACAUCUUGAAUCUGAUGUCGCUAUCAUGCGAAGAGCGACUGCGAACCGUGGUUGACUACUCCUCCACACUCGCGCGGAGCCGUCGCGAACAUUCCCACGGAGAUGUUCCUCUGGAAUGGAAUGAAUUAGCCGUGCCAUCUCCUACUGCCAACGGGACCGGAGGUAGUCCCAAGACUCCGCUCAAGAGAUCCCAAUCGGCGGCCGACCAACCGGGACCCAAAAGUCUUCCGGAGAAAUACCGUCUGCUCAUGGACAAAGACAACUCCAGCGAGGAAAGCCGUGCGGCCAAACGUGCCAAGCGCGGUGCCAAUGCCAUUCUGGGCGAGGGCGCAGGCACCAAGUCGGAGUCGACGGACAUCCCCGGCUCGGGCGCAUCGACUCCCAUCAUGGGCGAGAGAGCGCCCAGUCUUGAUAAGAAAGGCAUGUCGAAGAAAGAAGCCCGCAAGAUGGUGGAUGCCAAAGCCAGCGAGGCCCAGCAACACCAGCAGUCGGUGGAGACGGCGCGACUGGCGACCAACAGCAUGUUGUCCGGUCGCAUGUUUGGACAGAAGAAAUCCUACUCGUGGCUCAACCGGGGCUCCGCGGGCGGCAGCGGCUUUUCCACACCGUCACGAGCCAACGCCGCCACGCCUAGUGCGACCCCCGACAAGGCUGGACGAACCGGGGAACCCGCCACGGUGCCGGCCAAGCGACUGGGAACCUGGCGAGAGGACAAGGAGAAAGGGGCCGGCGUUCAGGUCCGGGAUAUUCUGUUCAUGCUGGAGCUUGAUGGGCGAGGGUCCCGGCACGUCCAGAAGGCGUAUUCCAAGGAUCUCAAAGAGGAUCGCGCGGAUUGACGAACGCACCCCUUUUUUCUUUUCUUUUUUUCUCUACAAUUUCCUGCCUUCCUUACUGAUAAUCUAGACCGUCGGUCAAGUCUGUUCCACUAUUUUCGCACGGUUACUGCGCAGGACCGUGGUCACUGGCGUUGCGGGUACUUCUUGGUUCUCCUUACGUGGGGUUUUCACUUCGUGGAUGUGUUCUUUUAUUUCGAUCUAUUAAUCACUGCGAGCAUUUUCGAGAGGCGGGCCGGGGGAAACCACAGCAUUCGAAUGCAUUUCCAUGACGAUUUAUUUCCAUGUGUUCCCUGCCUGCUUUGUUUUUUUUUUUCUUCUCAUGU